AUGGGCUUGAAAGUUAAUGUCUCGGCAAUCUUUUUGUUGCUAUUCUUGUCAUCUACUGAUGUUAAAGCCGAAAAUGUUGUCUUCGAUGUGACAAAAUAUGGUGACGAGGAAGAUAUUAGCAAGGCCUUCAAAAGUGCAUGGGAAGAUGCUUGUGCAUCAACAAGUCCGAGUAAAGUCUUGAUUCCGCGAGGGACAUACUUGCUAGGCCCAGUGAUUAUAUCAGGGCCUUGCAAGGCAGCAAUUGAGCUUCAAGUUAAAGGCAAAUUACAGGCGCCGGUAGACAUGAGAGAAUUCGAAGGGUUUAGCAGCUGGAUUACUCUCAACUAUGUUGAUCAGUUUACUUUGACUGGUGGUGGAACUUUUGAUGGCCAAGGAAAAUCGGCAUCGAAUCAAAACAAUUGUGGAAAGGAUAAACAUUGCAAGCUACCCCCCGUCAGUUUGAAGUUCAAUUUCAUCACCAACGGAAUAGUCCACGAUAUAACAUCCACGGACAGCAAGUACUUUCAUGCUCAUCUCUUGGGGUGCAAAAACCUCACUUUCCAGCAUUUUACAAUCACUGCACAUGAUGAGAGCCUGAACACAGAUGGAAUCCAUAUUGGACGAUCAAAAGACAUCAAGAUUAUCGAUUCAGACAUUGGAACGGGAGAUGAUUGUAUCUCCCUCGGCCAUGGUAGUAGACAAAUUACAAUCGAAGGAGUAACAUGCGCACCAGGUCACGGCAUCAGCAUUGGAAGUUUAGGGAAAUCCCAGAAUGAAGAAUCUGUGUCUGGAAUAUUUGUUAAGAACUGCACCAUCUCCAAUACCCAAAAUGGUGUAAGAAUUAAAUCUUGGCCUGCGUUAUUUGGUGGCUCAGCGUCUGAUAUACAUUUCGAAGAUAUUAUCAUGAAGAACGUCAGCAAUCCUAUUGUCAUAGAUCAAGUAUACUGUCCAUGGAAUGAAUGCAAUAGAAAGUCUGCAUCAAAAGUAAGCAUCAAGAAUGUGAGCUUCAAGAAUAUAAGAGGCACAUCUAGGACUCCCGUGGCUGUUCAGCUUUCCUGUAGCAAGGACAUCCCAUGCGACGAAGUGGAGGUUGCUGAUAUUGACCUCAAAUACACCGGAAGUGAGGGUCCAGCUAAAUUCCAAUGCUCUAAUGUUCAACCUAAAUUUCAUGGGAAAAUAAACCCAUCAAAAUGUUGA